AUGGAUCUCGCGAGCAGCCUUAUUCGCACUGUCGUCCGCGCCUUCUAUGAGACUCGCCACAUCCUUGUGAUUGAUGCUCUUUUCAUACACUCGGUCCUUCAUCCGGAAGACCUCGCGCAUCUUCUUGGAAUGCAGCAAAAGGAUCUACGCAAGCUCUGCGCUCGUUUGCGUGAAGACCGUCUCAUUGCAGUUCAUUCAAGGCCCGAAAUUCGAGAUGGUCAAACUCGCCCAGUGAAUCGCGAAUACUACUAUAUUCCCCUUUACCCUGUAGUUGACGCUAUCAAAUAUCGUGUUUCUCGACUUACCUCGAUUAUCAAAGCGCAAUAUACCCCUACUGCGGAAAGGAAGGAAUAUGUUUGCACAAGAUGUGGUGCGGAAUGGACUCAGUUGGAGGUUCUAAGCCGGAUCGGACCAGAUGGCUUUGAAUGUCAUCGAUGCGGUGCUACGCUAGAAAGGGCGGAUGAAGUCGAGGGUGGGACCGGCGCUGAUCGAACUGGCCAUGAGAAAAACAGCAAAUUAAUGGCGCAACUGGAUAAGAUGCUAAAACUACUCAAACAGAUCGAUUCUGUUGACGUCCCAGAAAAUGAUUUUGAGACGGCGUGGGAACACAAAGUUGAUGUUAUACGAAAUCAAUACACCAACCCGACAAGGCCAGGAGUGGCCUACACUAGCAACCGACAAGCAGCCGUUCGAGGGAUAUCUAAAACAGACGCUUCGUCCUUGGAAAUAUCUCUCACUUCCUCAGCAGAGAAGAGCGCUGCUGAACAGGCUGAGGAGACAGCGCGGAAAGCUGCUCUAGAGAAGCAAAAUGCGCUUCCUGUUUGGCAUACACAUUCAACAGUUAAAACCGAACCUGGCAAUCUUCCGGUCAAACAUGAACCAAAUGGAAUUACUGACGUAUUCGCUAUCAAGUCUGAAGUAAAGGAGGAACAAAAGCCAGACAUUGAUGCUCUUGAUGACAAGGUUGCUGCAUACUACGCUGAAAUGGCGCGCGAAAAGGAGCGGGAGGCUAAAGACGAUGUGAGCUCUGUUGAAGAAUCAUCAGACGAGGAAGAAGACGAGUUCGAGGAUGUUGGAGUUGCUCCUGGCGUCUCUGAAAUCCCGGCGGUAGCAGAAGGCAAUAACACUCCUAAAUUCCCUAAUGGAUCACUUAAAAGGGAAAUGGAAUCCGACUCGGGCAGUAGCGCUCCUCAAACUGGUGCUGCAACACCCGAUACCACCGCAGAGGACGGCCCUCCUGCCAAGAGAGUUAAAUUUGAGCCACAAGUGAAGAGAGAAGCCGUGUCUGACGAAGACGAAGAUGACGAGGAAUUCGAGGACGUCUAG